GAGCUCAUCGCGGCGACCGACGGCUUUGCCGAGGCGCGCAAGGUGGGCGAGGGCGGCUUCGGGCGUGUCUACCGCUGCGACGCGCUGCCGUCGCUUCCGCGCGUCGCUUGCGGGUUCGCCGUCAAGACGGCGCUGGUCGGUGUCGGCGCCCAAGGCCUCGCCGAGCUGCAGAGCGAGGUGCGCACGCUCAGCGCGGCGUGCCACCGGUCCUUGCUCCCUCUCCUCGGCGUCUGCUUGGCGCCGGCGAGAGCGUGCCUCGUCUACCCCCUCUGCCGCGGCGGCAGCCUCGAGGACCGCCUCUACCGCGCUCCAGCCGCGCUGCAGCGGCUCCGCAUGCUCGGCUUCGAGACGCCGCCUCCGCCGCUCUCCGCCGCCGCACGGCUCCGCGUGCUGCGCGACGCCGCGAGAGCGUUGCACUACUUGCACACGCUCUCGCCCAUGAUCCUGCACCGCGACGUCUCGGCGGGCAACAUCCUGCUCGAC